AUAUCAUUGGCCUAUCAGUUUUGGCACUAAUUACUCAAUUGAUUUUUCAACCCCUUUUGAUAUAAUAGGCAGAGACAGAAGAAAAGUCAAAGUAGCCUCUUCAUUUGUCAUUAAAGAACUUCAAAUUUGUUUGUGUAUCAGAGAAUCAAAGUGCAAAAUGGGGACUCUCAUGCCUUUUGUAGGGAUGGUAAUUGUGAUCUUGGCACAAGUUGGCAAUAUGGUAGUGAUUAAAGCAGCUUUGUCUAGAGGGAUCAACAGAUAUGUUCUUAUUGCCUACUCUAAUUUCCUCUCCACCCUUAUUCUUCUUCCUUGCUCUUUUGUGUUCAACAGAUCAGAACGUCUUCCCCUGACCUUUUCCAUAGUAUGCAAAUUCUUCUUGCAAGCCCUUGUUCUGAUUGUUGUACAGGUAUCUAGAUAUACAGGUCUAGAUUACAGCUCACCUACGCUUGAUACAGCAAUGCUUAACCUUGUUCCUGCUUUUACCUUCCUACUUGCAGUCACCUUCAGGAUGGAAAAACUAGACUGGAAAAGCAGAAGCAGCCAAGCCAAGACCUUGGGAACCCUAACUUCAAUUGCAGGAGCAUUUGUUGUAACAUUCUAUAAGGGACCAAAGAUGACAGGAACACAAUCCUUCACUGCCCCUACUAGUCUACUUCUUUUCUCACCACAAUUGAAGUGGAUCCUUGGAGCACUUUUGCUUGCAACUGAAGCCUUUAUGACUUCAGUAUGGUAUAUUCUACAGGCAAUGAUUCUAAGAAGGUUCCCAGCAAUAGUUACUGUGGUGUUUUUUGUUUCCUUCUUCAAUACCAUUAUGGCUGCAGUAUAUGCUUUGAUUUUGGUUAAUGACACAAGCGCUUGGAAGCUAAGACUUGAUAUAGGGUUAAUUGCUGUUUUAUACUCAGCGCUAGCUUCAAUUAUCCUGAUUAACACCUUGGCUUCAUGGUGCCUCUCUAAGACAGGAGCUCUCUUUGUUACCAUGUUCAAGCCAUUGGGGAUUAUCUUCGCCGUUGUCAUGGGAGUUCUCUUCUCCGGAGAUGCUCUUUAUCUUGGAAGUAUGAUUGGGGCAAUCAUAAUAGUUACUGGAUUUUAUGCUGUCAUAUGGGGAAAAGCAAAUGAAGAAGAGAAAUCAAGUGAGGAUAAUGGGUUGGAGAGUUCCAAAUCGUCAAGUGAAACAGUUCCUCUAUUGCAAAAUAAAACUGAAGACAUGAAUUCUUCGAUAUAGUCUUCAUUUUGAUGGAUAAAUAGACAAAUCACACCAAUACCACUUUCUUUAUAAAUCCACCAUGUAUGAUAGAAAGGUGUAUUUUUGUAAAUAUUUCAUCCAUUCCCUUGUAUGGUUACUUCCCUAGUUUGUUGCACUUGUUUGUGGAUAUGCUGGUAAAGAUUUCAGCUCUCCCACACUUGGCACAGCAAUUCUCAACCUCAUUCCAGCUUUA